AUGGAGCCUCUCCAGUUCAAGGGCGAAGUCAUGGACUUUGACCUGGAAUUCGACGGUGACCAUCGCAAAAGGCGCAGGAACAGGACGACGCAGUCAUGCCUAAAUUGUCAUACCUCCAAGCGGAAGUGCGACAGGAAGCGGCCAUGCCAAAGAUGUAUCCAGCUCGGUUUGACUGGUUUAUGCGUGUACGAAGUCGACGAUCCUGCUUUACGAGAUGACCCGAACGUCGACGAGACCACUCGUCUACGUAAUAGGAUCGCAGAGCUGGAGAGCUUGGUGCGAGAGCUCCGAGGCAAACCGCAUCCUCGCUGGGCUGAGCCGAGCUUCUGCGAGGGUGACGCGAAUGAGAAGUGGCAUUCACGGUCCUCCAAACGUGGCCAGCCGCAGUACCAAAAAAUGAGACCGGACGGGGUCGACGAGCGUGUACACGCGAGCAGCGUUGCUUCGUCCACGUCCACGCUCGUCAAAGCCGAGCAGACCGUGAACCCGUCGCACCAGCAAUUUUACCGAUUGCCUCCAUCGUCUAGCUCAGCCUACCCCAAUACUGGACAUCUCCUUCCACAGACCUUUUCUCGCGACCGCCAGCAGUCUCCGACAGAUGACUUGUGCUAUACGUCUUCUACUUCGGCGGUGACAUACGGGGAUCACCGCCACUCGGACGCUGCUACCACCUCGCACUGCGACCAGUACGGCCAGCAACCCUAUUCACGGAGCAUGACGGUCGAGUCUGAGUCGAUGCAGCCUUCCUGCUCUUGUCUGACCAAUCCUGCUGCGGGCCUUCCCCUCAUCGCGUUGACGAACCAGCUGCGUAGCGCCUUGGGCAUCCUCAGGCAACUUCCAGAGCACAAUACGCACCAUCAAUGUAUUAUCCUAAGGCGCAUCAUGGAGCUGGAUGAUUUAAUGCAUGGGAACAGCCCUGGAGCUGUUUCCGGCUCUUCGUAUGACGCCCUACCCACUCCAACGGAGACUGAAAUUCUGUCCCCUAUCUCUACGUCAAGCCAUUCCAGCAUGGGUAACGCCAUGCAGGAGUGGCCAACGAUGUCCACAUCGAGUGGAUACGACUCGUAUUUUUCCGUACCGCAAGGCCAGCAUGGUACUUAUCAAAAGUCGUAUCAUAUGGGUUGA